AUGGCCGACUUCGACCUGGCCAGCCUCUCGGCCGGUCAGCAGGAAGCUCUCCAACAGUACACCGCCCUCACCAACCAAGAACCAAAGGACGCAGUUCCGCUACUGGAGCGGUCACAAUGGAACGUACAGAUCGCAAUCACAAAGUUCUUCGACGGCGAGGGCCCCGACCCUGUAGCAGAGGCACAGGCACAACAACAAGCGCAGGCUGACGUGCCCCGGCCCGCCGGACGACACGAGAACCUCCAAGAGAGCUUCUACGCCCCGAUAGGCAGGCCGCCACGCCGCGACCGCACCGAGCCCGCACCCCGCAUCGUCCCGCAGCCGUCGACAACCUACCCAGUCCCAUGGCUGUUCUCCCUCAUCUUCGCCCCCUUCCAGCUCGGCUGGAAGCUGUUCGCCAACCUCUUCCGCCCCAUCUACUACAUCCUAUCCUUCCUGCCGCAGUCGCUGCGGCCCCGCGCCGUGUCAAACUCCAUCACCCGCGGCCUGCGCAACACAAAUGGGCGUAAGAUGCUCCUGCCGCGGGACUCGGCCGCGCGCUUCAGGCGUGAGUUCGAGGAGGAAUAUGGGUCCCCCGCUGGCGGCGGCCCUGCUUUGCCGUGGUUUGAGGGCGGGUUCGCCCAGGCACAGGAUCUGGCCAAGAAGGAGCUCAAAUUCCUCCUGGUGGUGUUGAUGUCGCCCGAGCACGACGACACGGCGCCGUUCGCGCGCGACGUCCUCCUCAGCCCGGACGUGGCCGCCUUCCUGUCCGACCCUGCCGCUAACAUCGUGCUGUGGGGUGGCAACGUCCUCGACAGCGAGGCCUACAUCGUCUCGCAAGAGUACAACUGCACCAAGUUUCCCUUCUCCGUCCUCAUCAGCCUGACCCCCAAGGAGGGCAGCACCCGCAUGGGCAUUAUCAAGAGGCUGGCCGGCGCCACCACGCCAGCCGCCUACCUGUCGGGCCUGCGCUCCGCCAUGGACAAGUACACCCCGGAUCUGGAGGGCCUGCGCGCCGAGCGCGUCGCCCAAGAGACGUCGCGGAGCCUGCGGACGGAGCAGGACUCGGCCUACGAGCGCUCGCUGGCGCGUGACCGGGAGCGUGCCAGGCAGAAGCGCGAGGCGGCCGCCGCGGCGGCGGAGGCGGAGCAGCGUGAGAAGGAGCGGGCCGAGCGAGCCGCGGAGCAGGACCGCAAGCGCCAGCUGUGGCGGCGGUGGCGGGCGACGACCGUCGCGCCGGAGCCGCCGGCUAGCGAGGCGGACGUGGUGCGGCUGGCGCUCAAGAUGCCCGAGGAGACGGGCGCGGGCCGUGUUAUCCGGCGGUUCGCGGGCCACACGACGGUCGAGGAGCUGUACGCCUUCGUCGAGUGCUACGGCGUGCUGCAGGCCCGGGCCAGCGGCGGGGAGGACGAGUCGGAGCUGGACGACAAGGGCGCGCCGGAGGGGUACGAGCACGGCUACGGCUUCCGGCUCGCGAGCCUGCUGCCCAGGGAGGUGUUUGAGCCGACGCGGGACAAGACGCUGCGGGAGACUAUCGGCAAGUCUGGGAACCUGAUUGUCGAGGAUGUCUUUGACGCUGAGGAGGACACGGAGGGUGUGGCUGAGGGCGAGCCGCAGAUAUCAUAG